AUGCGAAGAAGGCUGUGCAUUAAACAGCUUUCUGCUCACUUGGAUGAUGAUUAUGCUAAGCUGAAAGACCGCUAUUGCCGUCUCACUGGACAAGUAGACUUGGGAAUGUAUCUUGAUGCGAAGUGUUGCAAGGAAUACAGAAGAAAGCUCUACAGUUUACCUGAGACCGCAGCUGUGCUGAAGCGCACUGUUGAGGCUCUUAUGGAGAGAGGAGCCGUUGUGAGGAACCUGGAAAACCUGGGAGAAAGGUCUCUACCUUACAAAAUCUCCAAGCACAAGGAGCGCCACAGAAGAGGAGGGUAUUUUUUGAUAGACUUAGAGGGCCCACCUUCGAUUGUGUCGACCAUGAUGGAUCAUUUAGGACGUGAUAUUGACGUAAUUAGACGUGCUUUUGUAAAGCAUCCUGUAUCAAAGACAGAAGAAUGCAGUGGCAUAAUCCCAGUCAACUAUGAAGAUAAACUAAUGGCCAAGAGGAAGUGAAUAUUCCAAAUAGGAUGUUUGAAACUUUAAAAAAUUUUCUUAUUCCUGCUUUGGAAAACAAUUGUGAUAACUAAUGUCCAUCAAAAAUAAUCAGUUCUGGCCAUGUUAUGCGUGUGGUAUAGUACACUAUCUUAAGUUAUUGUAACAUUUGAGGUAUCUUUUUGUUUAAAAUAAUUUGAAUAGACUUAAUCUGUAUGCAUAUCUUGAUAUCUGACAACUCUGAAAAUUGAUUUUCUUUUCUGUUAGAGCAUUACGCUGAUAAUGAAGAUUUAUCCGUCAUUAUAAUGCUAAAAAUAGCAUUCUUUUCCAAAGACAGAUUACUUCAGAAUAUGUAUAUUUACAUAAGAAAUUAAGAAGUCUACAGUGUAAAUAUAGCAGUACAGGAUGUGAUUUAUUGGAGGUUUUUGAUUUGUUGGA